AUGGAUUUCUACGGCACUGCUUCGACGGCAAUCACCCAAAUCUACCAGGUCACCGUAUUCAUCCAAGGCGUCAUCUCCGACAUCAAGGCCUUUGACGAUGAUCGCGCCGAGAUUCGACUCAAGCUGAAUCUCCAACUGUCGUCUCUGCUCUUUUUCAGGAAGAUCUUCUUUCAUCCUGAGCAUGGGUUGAUGGUCCCUGGGAAAGUAGACCCUUUCAUUGCCGAAACGGUGGAAGGGCUACUGGUGCAGAUGCGGAAGACAUUGGCCGAGUAUGAACUUGUCGCAGCCAAGUAUGGUCUCGUGGAUGAGGAGUUCGCUAUUGAGCCCGAGAAGCCCAAGGCACAAGAGUCGCUUUUGGAGCGAGCAAAGAGCAAGGCGAAAUCGCUCAAGCUCAAGGGGUAUGACUGGUCGCUCUUUGACAAGAAGAAGUUGUAUCGAAUCCUAGAGACGUACACCCAGUGGUCGCAAGAUCUGCGAAAUCUGAUGGUACAUAUGUCUCAAGAUACACUCUCUCAGCUGGCAGAGAGCGAUCAACAAGGAAUGAAGAGCAGUGGUCUAGAGCCGUUGAUGAAGCGACGGAUGCUCGCCGAGGCAGAGGCCCCAGCAGACUAUCACAGCUUGACUGGCACCCUCACGGAAGAAGGAAAGUCGACCAAGGGAUUCCAGCUGGGAACAUGGUCUGCUGGUACAUCGGAAGCAACGAAGGUCGUUGUUGAAUACCAUGAGUAUGAGGGCGAGCUCAAACGUGAUGACCUAGAGCCGGACGAAGUUGACGAGCUAAAGGCUCCAAUCCGCAAUUUGGCUUGGUUGCUUCAAAGUACCACUUUUGCCAGCAACUCAUCCGACUCGUUGGACCAGCCUAAGAUCUAUGCGCUGGAAUGCCUUGGCUUCAUCGAUCAACCCAUUGAAGAGCGCAGCGCCUUCCUCUAUAAACUGCCGGCAUACGAGUCCGACGACGGCACAUCCCUAACAACCCUGCAUACUUUCAUCAACGCCAUCGACAGUGCAAACAAAAGGCCUCUCAAGAAACCUUCCCUGAAUGAUCGCUUUAGCAUGGCGCAUAGCCUUGCCCUGACAGUCUCCAACGUCCACGCCUCAGCCUGGGUUCACAAGAACAUCUGGAGCAGAGGCAUCCUUCUCUUCCUUGAGACAUCUUCGGGAGUCAGCACUGCGGGACUCUACGAGCAACGCCUGUCGACACCCAGUCCUGGAAACAGGAUCGUCUCGUAUCUUAGUGACUGGGGUUACGCCCGGUCAGUCAAACAGGGCACCGACAUGCGAUCCGACUUCGAAGUUGAGCCCAAUCUCUAUCGUCAUCCAAACAGACAAGGCAAGCCGACACACCAGUUCAGUCGUCUGCAUGACAUAUACGCGCUGGGUGUAGUGCUCCUGGAAAUUGGGCUGUGGGUGACGCUGUCGCGGCUGAUGGAGGCUAAAAUUCGAGAGGCAGAGAACAGUGGACGUUUGCCCAAUCGGAAGAAGGUAGCUGAGGAUUUGAUGACAUUGGCAUCACAGCGUUUGCCGAUGGAGAUGGGCGUAGGUUAUACAAAGGCUGUGAUGGCUUGUUUAAAGGGUGACUUUAAGGGUACAGAGGGUCCAGCUCUGGCUGUUGACUUUCAGGAGAAGGUGGUUGAUGUGUUAAGAGGAGGGGUUGAGUUGUAA